GAAAGACUCCGGAAAAGGCACUGCAGACAGAAGGAUGCUCUAAAGAAACAGCAUGGAGAAUGACUUUCAUGUCCUGCUUUUCCACUGAGGCCUCUGUUCUUAUUGAUUUGCAGAAUGAAGAUAUUCAGAUGUUGCUUUAAAUACACUCUUCAGCAAAAACUCCUCAUCCUGCUCUUAGCCCUGUGGCUGCUCUCCUUGUUCAAGCUGCUAAAUGUGGGCAGCCUUCUCUUCCCUCAAAGAGGCAUCUACUUGGUCGAGUAUUCCCUAAGCACCUCGCCGUUUGUAAGAAACAGGUUCCCCCCCACUGAGGACGUGGUCAGGGAUGAAGUCAACUGCUCAGGGGUCUACGAGCACGAGCCUUUGGAAAUCGGCAAGAGUCUGGAAAUCAGACAGCGAAACAUUAUCGACUUGGAGGAUGGUGAUGUCGUGGUGAUGACAAGCGACUGUGACAUUUACCACACCCUAAGACGGUACCAUGAGAAGCAUGUUUCAAGGGAGGAGAAGAGCUUCCCGAUAGCCUAUUCGCUGGUCGUCCACAAAGACGCAAUUAUGGUCGAGCGGCUGAUCCAUGCUAUUUAUAACCCACACAAUAUUUACUGUAUCCACUAUGACCUCAAGUCACCGGACGCGUUCAAAGCUGCCAUGAACAACUUAGCUAAGUGCUUCUCCAAUAUUUUUAUUGCUUCCAAGUUAGAGGCUGUGGAGUAUGCCCACAUUUCCAGGCUCCAGGCUGACAUGAAUUGCUUAUCAGACCUUCUCAAGUCUUCCGUUCAGUGGAAGUACGUCAUCAACCUAUGUGGGCAAGACUUCCCCCUGAAGUCAAACUUUGAAUUAGUGUCGGAGCUGAAAAAACUCCAAGGAAGGAAUAUGUUAGAGACAGUGAGACCUCCCACUGGUAAAAUGGAAAGGUUCACUUACCACCAUGAGCUCAGACAGGUGCCUUAUGAAUAUAUGAAGUUGCCAGUAAAAACGAACAUCUCCAAGAAAGCCCCGCCUCAUAAUAUCGAGGUGUUUGUGGGCAGUGCCUAUUUUGUUUUAAGUCAAGCGUUUGUUAAAUAUGUUUUCAACAGCUCCCUCGUUGAGGACUUUUUUGCCUGGUCUAAAGAUACGUACUCUCCCGAUGAACACUUUUGGGCUACCUUAAUCCGGAUACCAGGGAUACCCGGAGAGAUUCCCAGGUCAUCCCAGGACGUGUCUGACCUGCAGAGUAAGACCCGGCUGGUGAAAUGGAAUUACUAUGAAGGCUUUUUCUACCCCAAUUGCACUGGCUCUCACCUUCGAAGCGUGUGCAUUUAUGGAGCUGCAGAACUACGGUGGCUUAUAAAGGAAGGGCAUUGGUUUGCAAAUAAGUUUGAUUCUAAAGUGGACCCCAUCUUGAUUAAAUGUCUCGCAGAAAAGCUUGAAGAGCAACAGAGAAAGUUGGCCACUGUGUCUUCAGAAAUGCUCAUUACAGAUGGAAAUCCCAAAGCCACACGUCGCAAGAUCACUAGAGACCUAAGGGUGUCUGACACAGAGAUUUAAGGAAGAUGGAAUUAUGUGCUGAUGCCUUGCCCAACACCCUCUGAACUAAAUCCUUUCCAAGGAUGAAACUUCUAUAGAAUUCCAUGUGUGGACCUGGAGCCUACAGUUGGCUGGU